AUGAAGACCAUUGCCAUUCUCGCGCUUGCCUUGUCGACUGCAGCAGUUGCUGUGGGGACCACUGCCUUGAUUCAAGGCACCAACGGCGAAGACCGCACCAACGCCACUAAAGUCCAAAGGUUGCAAGACGACAUUGACAUCAACCGCCAGUGCCACCAUGACAACCAUCCCAACGAGUACCUCGAGACGUUGACAGCUGGCCAGUACACGAGCAGCAAAUUCUACAAUUGUUUCCGCUCGUCGGAUCAAAUCUACGAGUACGUGGAUGCGUUGGCCAAAAAGAACCCCACUUUGUUGAAAAGAGAACCGAUAUCGACCUCCUAUCAUGGCAAGAAUAUCUACGCGUACAAACUGACCAGAAGCCCGUCCAAGAACAACUCGUUGGUCUUCCAAAGCCUGGUCCACGCCCGGGAAUGGAUCACGGGGUCGUCCAACUUGUUUGCAUUGUCUUCAAUUCUGGACGACAUUGCCAAAAACAUAACCACCGUGGCGGACAAGUUUAACCUGUACUUUGUGCCGAUCGUCAACAUUGACGGGUACGACAUAUCGUGGAUCGGCCAUCGGCACCAGCUCAAGAGCGCGAACCAAGUCGACCUGAGCCUCAACUGGCCCGGGAAGUACAUUAAACACGAACCCCUCAAGGAGACUGCCGAACAUUACCCUGGCAAAAGCCCGCUCAGCGAGCAGGAAACUACGGGGAUCUCAAAUUGGAUCAGAGACAAGCAAUCAGAACUCGCCGGCUGGGUGGACCUGCUAUCCACCGGCGGUUUGGUUUUGUACCCUAAUGAGACGGACACCACCAGCAAGGGCAAGUUUAAACGGCUUGGUGACAACGUUGCCGUCGAAGUCGGCUACACGGCCCAGGCGACACCUCAUUUGAACAUUCCGUUCGGGACUUUUCCCUACUACUUCUACCCCGCGUACAGAAAGCCCGUGUUAACCAUUCAUGUGGCUGGUUCGGAUUUUGUCGCUCCCGCGUCGACCAUCCGUAUCCGCGGCAAGGAAAUAGUCAAAGCCUUGACUAAAUUUGGCGAUGAAGUUUCGAUUUUCGAGGACAGCAGAGAAAGCUGUUAA